AUGUUCAGGUUUAUCUAUUGUUUAUUAGGGCGUCCAGCUACGUGCCAAUCAACAUUCCUUAGAGUACCGACUAAGGGCUGUGUUCAAAAUCGGUCUGCAGGAUACAAAAUCGACAGAGUAUGUGUCGACAUGCACCAAUACUCUACCGAGAAAUACGAGAGUGUCUUUGCUUGCGAAACCGGCAGGGCUGUACUUCAUAUAUCUCAGACCACAUAUAUCAGGUGUUUAUCUGCUUGUUACAAUUAUGAAUUCAAGGAUUUUCUAGCAUAUAGGAAAUUUUUUUUCAAAAUUUGA